AAAAUGUUGACCUCGAUCGCAAUUCAAAUUCCAGUUCGAUUAAAGCGAUAACAAAACUUCGAUCAAAACGAAUUUAUUAUCAGACCGUAUUUCGAUAACAAUGGGUUGCUGUAUUUGUGCUCUAUUUUGGAUAAUUUUAGCUGCAGUUGGUUGGAAAAUAUAUUUAAAAUUACGUACAAAGAAAACCGAUAGCUACACUUGUUUAAAUGGAAAAACAGCUAUAGUAACUGGAGCAAAUACAGGUAUCGGAUAUGUAACCGCAUUAGAUUUUGCAUGUAGAGGAGCUAGAGUAAUAUUGGGAUGUAGAAAUAAAGAAAAAGCUGAAGAAGCUUGUGAAAAAAUUAAAAAAGAAACCGGAAAUGAUAAUGUUGUUUAUAAAUUACUAAAUAUGACGUCUUUGCAAUCAGUAAGAGAUUUCGCAAAAGAUAUUAACGAAAACGAGGAUCGUUUAGACAUUUUAGUAAAUAACGCAGGAGCCGGAGGAUUAGGAAAUCACGUCACUGACGAUGGUUUACAAAUUACCAUUCAAGUUAAUCAUUUAUCCGGAUUUUUACUAACACAUUUAUUAAUAGAAAAACUCAAGAAAUCAGCACCAAGUAGAAUAGUUAAUGUGUCAUCGAUUGGAGCAAAAUUUGCAAAAAUAAAUAUUGAUGCGUUAAAUAUGUUUCCUCAAGAUGUUGGACCAGCUCGAGCCGAUACACGACUUUAUGGAGUUUCAAAGCUUUGUAACAUUUAUUUCACGACUGAGUUAGCAAAAAAACUUGAUGGUAGUGGAGUUACCGUUAAUGCUUUACAUCCAGGGGCUGUUUUAACUGAUAUAUUUAGAAGAAUGCCUAAAUUAAUGAAAACUAUAGUUAUGGCUUUUGCAAAACCGUACUUUAAAACACCGGAAGAAGGGGCAAGAACAUCAAUUCAUGUAGCAACAUCUCCUUCUGUUCAACACAUAACGGGUCAACUUUUUGAUAAUUGUCAACAAAUUGAACUGUAUGAUUCCGCAAAAGACGCAGAAAUCGCAAAAAAAUUAUGGACAAAAUCAGAGGAAUUAGUUAAACUUAAACGUGAAGAGAAAAUUAAAUAAUUGUCUAUUCAUACUUAUUUGGUCAAUAAAAUUGAUGAUUAAUUGUA